UUCAGUUUCAGUUUCCAUGAAGCGCUGAACCGAGGCGGUCGCGUCGUAGUCGAACCCAGUGCCAGGAGCCCGACAACGUGCUCUUGCCUCACCGAAGCACCUCUAUCACAGUCACAGUGAGCGUCCGCGAGCGAGUCAGAGUCAGCGAUUGAUCAGCCAACGGGGCUUAACGCUGUCCGCACGAUAACGUAAAUUUGAAUUUGUGCGCGAAGAGGGAGGAGCGAAGAGGAGAGCGCCUUCGCAUGGCAUUCGCUUAAAUACUUACUAAUGAAUAAAUUGCAAGUGAAUCAGCUGCCGCUGCCGCUGCUGUGUCUCCUCAUCCACUUGCAGUUGUAGGGCACUCGACCAAGUUGGAAAUUAAACAACGUUCUGGCCACUUCAGUGGGUCUUCGCUGUGCAGAGAGCAGUGUGUGUGUGUGGGGAAGAAAACAGUAAUAAUAAUUAUAAUAUAUAACUUUGUGUCAAUAAAACAAUGCCGAGUGUUUGGCUGUGAGAGCGGAGGACACACACAGCGAUUGCAUUAAACUGUCCCCUGGGCAAGCAACGCCAUCAAAGAGCCAUUCGAUACAAUGACACCAGCUGGGCAGUUCCAUCUGGGCUUCGACAUAGCGUGUGGGCCCCGUCAAGAGGCUUAGGGGAUGUCCGCAAGAGCUACACGAGAACACUUCCGCAGCAGCUCGAGUAUAAGGAGAAGCAGAAGCAGAAGCAGAAGCCGAAGCAGAUCUAUGGCUGUCAACUUGCAGCUGAAUAAUUUAAGCGCCAUUUAUCCGUCGCUCAUGUAUGUGGCUGCCUCCUCGCUGGGACUGGGGCUGGGCCUGGGCCUGGGACAGGAGAACAUUUCCAUCGUUUACGAGGACCUGCUUGGCACAGCAAAUGGCAAUGGCACCGCAGGCAUGGGAGCGGUGGGAGCAGCGGGAGCGGCAGCUGGCACAGGAACUGGCCCGGGAUUGAAUGUCAUCCUGCCGCAGAGUGCCACAAAUGAGACCUCUAAUGAGGGUGAUGGGGUGGUCGUGGGCGUGGGUGUGGGCGUGGGCCUCACCGAGUCGGCACCCACCGCAGCCGUGACCACAUUCAAUUACUACAACGAGUCCGCGGCCGCCGCCGAGUGGGCGCACUUCUACGAUCUCGUCCUGUCCUGGCAGGGCAUCUGCCUGAUUGCAGUCUUUGCGACAUUCAUCGUGGUCACCGUCAUCGGCAACACCCUCGUCAUAUUGGCCAUCCUGACAACGCGUCGCCUGCGCACCAUCACCAAUUGCUUCGUGAUGAGUCUGGCCGUGGCGGACCUCCUUGUGGGCAUCUUCGUGAUGCCCCCAGCCGUGGCAGUCCAUCUCACAGGCUCAUGGCAGCUCGGCUGGGUGCUGUGCGACAUUUGGAUCUCCCUGGACGUGCUGCUCUGCACGGCCUCCAUCCUCAGUUUGUGCGCCAUCAGCGUGGACAGAUAUUUGGCCGUCACCAGGCCGCUCACGUAUUCGCGCAAACGACGCUCGAAACGAUUGGCCCUAAUAAUGAUCCUAAUCGUCUGGCUGCUGGCACUGGCCAUCACCUGUCCUCCCCUCAUCGGCUGGUACGAGCCGGGGCGACGGGACCUUCGGGAGUGCCGCUACAACCAAAACGAGGGCUACGUCAUCUUCUCGGCCAUGGGCUCCUUCUUCAUACCGAUGGCAGUCAUGAUUUAUGUGUAUGCAAGAAUUUCCUGUGUCAUCGCAUCGAGGCACGACAAUAUGACCGACAUAAGUGUUCACAACAAGAAAUUCAAGCGCUACACGGCGGCGGACGUGGAGAACGAGCUGUCAGAGCAGGAGCACAGCUCGGCGGGCCAUCGACAGCGGCAGGCGACGUCGCGCACCUUCUCCAACCAGACAAUUGCCAAGGAGCUGCACGAGAUGAUGCUGGGCGACAGCGAGCAGCUGGGCGUGGCCACAGCAGGAGCAGGACAAGGAGCAGCAGCAGGAGCAGGAACUGUGGCUGGUGGCAUUCACUGCCAGUCGCUGCUCGCACUACCCUCUAGUGGUGCUGGUGGUGGCGGAGGCAGCGGUGCAGCCAGUGGGGUUAAGAAUGGAUGCUACGAGCUGACACGGCCUUCGUCCCUGAAGCGCACAUCGACCGCGUCGACAACCAUCACCACAAUGACAAGUGGCAUCGGGCCGGGCAGCAGCCUCCUGGACACACAAUGGCAGGCCAGAGCCCAUAGCUUUCGGCACUCGCACCUGGAGAGGGAGCGGGAGCGGGAGCGGGAUCGACUGCGUGGGCACCAUCAUCACCAUCACCAGCAUCAACAUCACCAGGGAGGUGCGACCACAGCCGUCCCGAAUCCCAGCAGCACCAUCUCGAACACCAACAGCAACAGCAAGUCGCUGUCGAAUCGCAUUACGUCGCUGAAGAAGGAGACCAAGACGACGCAGACACUGAGCAUUGUGGUGGGCGGAUUUAUAGCCUGCUGGCUGCCGUUCUUCAUCAAUUAUCUGAUCACACCGUUUCUGGCGGAGCACCAGGCCAGCCAAAUGCUGGCCAAGGCACUCACCUGGCUGGGAUGGUUCAACAGUGCCAUCAAUCCGUUCAUCUAUGCCUUCUACAGCGUCGAUUUUCGCGCUGCCUUCUGGCGCCUCACCUGCAAGCGCUUCUUCAGCUCCGACCAGAAGCCGCAGUUCCCCACCAACACCAUGUCCAUCAGGCGAUAGAAAAGGAGCUCCCCACUCCCAUUCAACUCAUACUCAAGCCCGGAACAAAUUGCCACUGCACAACAUAUGAUUAACUUAUUCAUUCACUUUUAGGUGUGGUCCCUAAUUGCACCUUGAGCAAGCAAACCCUCGCCCUGACCCUCGCCCUUCCUCAUGCCACCCGGAUGUGUAAUUGUUCUUCAGUUUGUUGUAUAAUUUAUUUUCAUUUCCCUUCACCGUCAGGGCUCGCUUCCAUCCUAGAUCAUUCGACUGCGAAGCGAGGAUUCCCCUGGACGUGGCUCGGGCCGGACUCGUUCCAGGGCAGGAAACGUCCAUAGAUUGGUCGUUCGCUAUACGUUUUUAUGGCUAAAUGAGAUGUGUCGUUGUCCGUACACACACGUAUAAAUAUGCUUCCACUGUUGCACAUGAUUUCAAGGCAUUUAUGCAGUCGCUUUCCAUACGAGCGGAUGGUCGGGAGGCGCGUGCAAAAUCUGAUACGUGGCAUCACGUAUCGAUUUAGUAAUUUCCGCAUGACUUUUCCGCUCCAUGCUCCAUGCUCGUCGAACUUGCAACAACAUGGCAGUGCCACUAGCAGCAGCAGUAGCAGUAGCUGUUUCUGUGUCUGGAGCCAACGGCAUAGACAGUUUAGAUGGAUGAGAAAACUUGGUUAUAUGGUUCACCGAAAUUGCGCACACAUCUCUGCUCUGCUCACAUUCCCACUCUAAUAUUCAGCUAUUCAGGAAUGGAGGAAUGGAGGAAUGGGUGCGUGCGUGUAACAUGUCCUGGGGUGGGUCACCUUUUGGUGACCCCGACACCUGUCCGAACGAAUUGUGCAUUCUGUUUGGCAAGACGAGUGCGUGAUGUAUUUAUGAGGCAGCUUCGCCCUAUCAGACUCGAGUUUAGUGCCCAAAUAUAUCAGAGAGGCUUCUCUCUCUGUCAUAGCUGAUAUCGGUGCACCAUAAAUCCAAGAGACAGUAGAUAGCAUUCGGCCUGAUUUACAGUAGAGAGUGGCGACGAGUCCGGGCCGCACUUUUAGUGGGGAUUCCAGUAUUCCAGUCGAGAAUUAGCUUUAAUCAGCCAGUUAAAAGAGAGUUACUGUGAUUUAGUUUAUAGUUGGAGUCCGUUACAACUUCAAGAGUUUUCCCUUAGACCUAAAGUGUGUGUGCGUGUGUGUGUGUGUGUGUGUGUGCAAGAGAGAGAAAACUAUAUAAUUUAGGCAUAAUUUAUUCAGGCCAUCCAGCCACAGCUUAGCUAACCCCAGAGCCUAGCACAAUAGAACGUGUUUCACCAAGCAAUCUACUUUUAGCACAGUGUCCUCCACUUUGUACAUCAUUUUUCAUUCCCCAUUCGCUUGGUGUGAAGUCAUAAACGUAAUCAAGCAAUGCUACGACGCAGAGAUGAAGUCAGUACGAAGCCUCAUCAGCAUAUACACGUUGGAGCAUAUCUCAUCCGCACUCCUCACUCCUCAAGUCCAAAUUCAGAAUCCCGAAUUUCAGCUCAAAUGUCAGGCCUAAACCCUGAGAGGGUGAAAGAAUUGCAAACUUUUGGCUAAAGCAAACAAACACAAAGCGGAGGCAUCCGCCAUGUGGCAUCCGCCAAGUGCAAUCUCUCAUCAGGGGGCGGGAUGUACGACGAAUACGAGUAAUAUCAUACACAUAAUCCGCACAAUUUGCAUAUAUAUUAAUAGUAAUAGUUACGUGUACGCAACAUCAUUUUUUGUGAAGAACCAAACACGCAAAUAAAUACACAAAUCGAAAAGACAA